CUUGAGGUUAGAGAGGUUAGCUGCUAGUAUGUUUACUUUGCUGCGGCCAAUUCGUGCUCGCGUUCCAUGAAAGAGAAUAGUUUGCCGAUGUUGUUGUGUAGGUGCACUUGUCGGACACCCCCUUACAGACAAGACGAGUCUCCAUGCGGUUGCUGACAGUCAACGCAGCGCGAAACUCCAUGGUCAUUCAUUGUCGCGGCUGCCCUGGGUUUGCUAGCUCGCUAGCUAGCUGGACAACUUCUUUAUACGCGCAGACAGUUGGGAAACACGCCGCUUACAUGGCCGCUAGCUAUUAGGUGUUGGAGUGGUGAAGUGCGUGUUUGAGACAGGUUGGUUGGGCUCGUAACCGAGUUGCUUUCCCCCUAAAAGUGAACUUGCAGCCUCGUGUGCAUCAUCCCGGAGUUUAUAAUAACUUAAGCUCCAUCAGCUGAUUCCGCUUGGACCAGCGCUCCUCCACCCAGAGACCAUGUCGGAGUUGUAUAUACGCGUGGCUGAGGAUGAGAGCGAGGAGCCCAUGGAGAUCCCGUCGGAGGACGACGGCACCGUGCUGCUGUCAUCGGUAGCGGCGCAGUUUCCAGGGGCGUGCGGGCUGCGCUACAGGAACCCGGAGUCGCAGUGCAUGAGAGGGGUGCGACUGGUGGAGGGCGUCCUGCACGCGCCCGAGAGCGACUGGGGAAACCUGGUCUACGUGGUCAACUACCCCAAAGAUAAUAAAAGAAAGAUGGAGGAGAUAGAUGCUGCGUCUGCAGUGAAAAUCAAAAGGGGCUUUCAGAAGACAUCAGAUCUCAUUGUCCUUGGACUGCCUUGGAAAACAACAGAACAAGACCUAAAAGAUUAUUUCAGCACCUUUGGAGAGGUCAUCAUGGUGCAGGUUAAGAGAGAUGCAAAAACGGGCAACUCAAAAGGUUUUGGGUUUGUUCGAUUUACUGAAUAUGAGACACAGGCCAAAGUCAUUGCCCAGAGACACAUGAUUGAUGGACGGUGGUGUGACUGCAAACUUCCCAACUCAAAAGCGUGUCCCGAUGAGCCAAUGCGGAGCCGUAAAAUCUUUGUUGGCCGCUGUACAGAGGACAUGUCAACGGAUGACCUGAGGCAGUACUUCAUGCAGUACGGCGAAGUCACUGACGUCUUCAUCCCCAAACCUUUCCGGGCGUUCGCUUUUGUCACAUUUGCUGAUGACCAGGUGGCCCAAGCCCUGUGCGGAGAGGACCUUAUCAUCAAGGGCGUCAGCGUGCACAUCUCAAAUGCCGAGCCCAAACACAAUAAUAGUAGGCAAAUGAUGGAUCGAGGGCGUUUUGGUGCUGGUGGGUUCAGUCAGGGCUAUGGGAGCAAUCGCGGGGGGUUGGGAAGCGGUAGCGGUGGGGUUAACUUUGGGGCUCUCGGCCUUAACCCAGCAAUGGUGGCCGCUGCCCAGGCGGCCCUGCAGAGCAGCUGGGGCAUGAUGGGCAUGUUAGCUAACCAGCAGGGCCUGACCACAACAGCAGGCACAGCCACUACAACCCGAGACCAGACCUAUAGCUCUGCCAGCACUAGUUACAGCAGCCCCAGCUCGGCUAGCCUGGGCUGGGCUGGAGGCACUAACACGGCCUCCAGCAGCGGCUUCAGCUCUGGCUUUGGUACAUCUAUGGAGACGAAGUCCUCUAGUUGGGGAAUGUAGAUAACAUUGAGUUGACUUUUACUAUUAGGUUAUUCUGGUAAGUAUGUUCACAGGGGGGGACUACCUAUAUAUUAUGUUCUUAUUAUUUAAAAAUACACUGCCUUUUAUUUUAUUAAAGAGACGAUAUAUACUUGUGCAUAACUGCUUAUUUGGUCAUGCACUCAAUGAGAAAAGCUUAGUUUGCUACAGUACCUGAUUAUUAAUCUGUAUGGCUUGAUUGCAUUUUUAAAGAACUUUUUGAAAACGCCUUCAUGAAAAUCUCUUCUGCAGUUCACCAAGUCUUUCCCACUUUCCCGGGAGGAAGCGCCUCAUUGGCAGCAAUGUUCGACAGAUCUCAGUAUCUAUUCCCCACCUCCCAUGUGUAAAUGCAUUGUCAACAAAGAACACCGCUCCCCUCUGCAUAUACUGUGUUAGACGGUGGGUGCUCUUUUUUCCUCUCCCCUUUUUCAUGGAUAGCGAAAUCUUGUCUGCUUUUGUCACUUUUCGAGAUCAUUGAGUGGUGAUCAUUGGUUGUCGGACUGAGUGCGAGUGAGCGAGCGGGAGACGGCAAGUGUGAGGAGGACUGUUUGUGCGAAGAGACAAAUGCCUGCAAGAGUUGAAGGACCUGUGGCUUUGUACGAGUGUGAAAGGACGAAGCAAGUACGAGUGUGUUCCUAAUGGCCAUCACGAGGACAUUUAUCGCCUGAGGUCUCUGCUUUCCCCCGUCAUUUUUCUAUUCUCUACAAACAGUGUUGUGACAUAUUUGUAUGCUUUCGUAGCUUCCUCAUGCUGCCUGAUCUGAUGCGAAUGCUGCGUCUGGUCGUGUGUUUAUUUUCGCUUUGUCGCCACCCUCUUUGUGUGAACAUGUAAUCGUGCGUGUUUGUGAGUUCAGAGGUUGAUGUGGUGAAUGAUCCUCAUUGAAAGCUUGUUUGUGGUUUCGUUGUGAAUUAAAGGGACAGGUCUAAUACCCUC